AUUUAUUGACCUUCACUCGCAUGAAUGAUUAGUGUUCGUGAAUUGCAGAAACUUAGGGCAGCAACAGGCGAUUGUGGACUUUAAGUUGGAAUCAUAAGGGAUCUGUCUUGGUUUCCGGUGGGGAAGACAGAAUAAUCAAGUCAUGGGCUAAAUGUGACGAUGAAUCAUGGGUUAACAGUUUCUCUCUCCCUGAGGCACAUAAAAGAUCAAUUAGAUGCAUAACAUGGUCGCCAUGUGGUAACUACAUAGCCUCAGCGAGUUUUGAUGGAACAGUAGCCAUUUGGAAAGUUUUCAAAGAGGCUUCAGGGCACGAAAUGGAGGCGCUUGUUACCUUAGAAGGGCAUACUAGCGAAGUCAAGUGUGUUGCUUGGUGCCCAUCCGGUCAUCUGAUAGCAACUUGCGGUCGAGAUAAAAGUGUCUGGUUGUGGGAAUUUGAUGACGAAGAGGAUGUUCAGUGUGUAAGCGUUCUGCAGCCCCAUUCACAGGAUGUGAAAUCAGUAGCCUGGCAUCCAGAUGGUGAGGUUCUGGUUUCUACAAGUUAUGACAAUAAGAUAAAUGUGUAUAAAGAGGAACUUGAUGAUUGGGCUGUUUUUAUUCAGCUAACUGGACAUGACUCCACUGUGUGGAAAGCAGAGUUUUCUCCAUCUGGAGAUAUUUUGGCGAGCUGUAGUGAUGAUCGAUGUAUUAAACUUUGGGGAUGGGAAGGAGCUUGCAGUAAAUCAACUUCGUGGGUGUGUAUUGCUACAUUAACUGGUUAUCACAUACGUACAAUUUUCGAUUUAAGCUGGUCAUCAGAUGGUCAACUCUUAGCCAGUUGUGGUUCUGAUAACAGAUUAUGCAUCUAUAAAAUGCCAUCUAGUGGUCUGAUUCAUAUUGGCGGGAAACCGUGUUUAGAAGAACCACCUGUUCUAUGGGGUUAUGUUGCGAAUGCUCAUUCAGAAGAUGUAAACUGUGUACGUUGGCAACCUAGAGGUUUCAACAGCAAAAGUCAUAGCGAAGAUACAUCAGACAGUCAACUAAUUUUGACAACAACCUCUGAUGAUGGAUAUAUCAAGUUUUGGUCCAUCAAGUGUGAUGGAUAAUCCUGUUUCUUU